AUGAGUUCUUUAUAUUACGACAAACUCUUAAUAUACAAUUUCAAUGGUGUCUUUGCAGUUACCGAGUCCAAUGAAGCAGACGGAGCAGGAUCCGGACACGUUGAAGGAACCGCUGAAGGUAAAUUAUGGAAGUCCUGAUAUGAAGCUAAAAUAAUAUUAAAAAUUGUUUUCCGUUCUUUUUCCGCUGUAUCCUUUUUUUCUGUUGUACUAAAUUGGAAAAAAGGUAUGAGAAGGGGGUCAGAUUAGGUAAAAAUUUGCAAACUCGAUUAGUACCAGUCACUGUUCACAUUCGUGUGUCGGGAAGUCAAGUCGGGACUUGAGCUUUUUUUUACAGCAAAGUCAGCUAGUAAUUAAAAAUUGACAGUUUGAAAUGUGGAUGUCAAAUUUAUUUUAAAAAUUAAAAUUCUCAAAAUUGCAAAUUCUACUUCUACAAUACUUACGCAAAUUGUUGGCAGGAGUCAACAAAGAGUAUUAGGGUAUUUUUGAAAAGGCCUUUCGAAAUUCACUGACUUUUAACCAGCCUUUACGAAAAAAUGAAACUGUAUUUACUACUCUAAGAAAAUUUAGAGUUAGAACUAAGACGUCUUUAGUAGAUUAAAUAACAAAAUUUUGGUUAACAGCUCCUCUUAAUGCACUUAUCAAUGUCAUGCCGGCGGGGGGGGGGGGGGGGGGACGGGGCGGGGGGGGGGGUUGACAUUUGACUGACCUUGUUCUCCCAGGGGAGGGGAUAUUUGAAUCUUUGUUCGCCCGAAAGGAGAUAUUUGACUGCCGACUCGGACGAAGAAGACUGAGACCGAACAUAUGUUUCCCGCUUCCACGCUUCACGCAUGUGGUCUGGAAAGAUCUGGAAAUCAUAGAGGCCAACGGGAACAAGCGAAAGCUGAGUGGAUUUCACUGUUUUGUCUUCAAAUUUCGUUUGUUUUAGCGUGUUUUUGAUCAAUCGAACCUUUGUGGUAUCAAAGUAAACGGAAGUAAAGAGAAACAAAGUCGAUUCUUGCAACUACAAUUGACCAGUGUAUGGCUCAUUCGCUACAAUCACUGUAAAAAACUUGUACAGCUGACUUUCUUUGAACCCUUAAUUUACUAAGAAUGGUAUAUUUAAACUUACAAAAUGGGGAUUUUCACCUGAAAGGUUUCUGUAUUCUAAGCAGUGUAACACGGAUUAUGGUUAAAACGUAUAAUUGCAGCAUAACUGCAUGCAGCUGUAACAGGAACAUGUAUCUUUGGUGAUGCAGCAACGUUUAUAAAUAAAGAUUGCAGAGUUUUAUUUGGAGAUAGUUUCAUUGUGUCUUUCUUGGGUUCUGCCUUGGGAUAUUUGAAAGAAAUGUGCAGCCCGGGGUGGGGAAAUUUGGUUGUAUUUGACUGGAAUGAUUUGCCCGUAGGCAGGGAAUUUGACGGCAAAUUUUUGAAAAAUGUCAGAUCCCCACCCCAUGCCCUGCCUCCCCCCCGCCGGCUUUACAUUGAUAGGUGAAUAACUUUCGGCCAAGAGUACGCGCUUUCCGCGAGGGAAAAAAACCUUUCAGCAAAAAGCAAAAAAGAAGUCGAACAUAUAUAAUGUAUAUAUGAAUUAACCUUCUUUAUAAAUAAACUAUUAUAUUUUUGACCGUUAUAAAUAUAUUUCUCAAUGGCUUUAUUUCCCUAAAAAAAUUAAGUGGAUGCGGUACAAAGAUUUUACUUUGACGAGGAAAUCCGUCCAUCCGAUAGUUACAAUGUUGCCACUUUGCUGAGCCCAGAAGAUGAUAGAAAAUAUUGGUUUCUUGUCUUUGAAAAAAUCCAUUGCGGAAUGGUUUGUAGGUUCUUUCGCAAGAGUGAAAUGCUAAGCUAAGCUAUUAAACAGUUUCAGUUGAUGAAUGCUAGAACAUGCAACCACAGCCCGUCAAUGUUAAUAAUUCCCCAUUGUUAUCCUUGUCCAGUAGCUGACAUCAUAUUGCCGAAAGCUUUACGGUAUUAAAGGUUUCCUUUGCUUUCAUUUAUUUCUCUUGCAUUGAAUGAGUCAUUACUUGACAUGUCAGCUUCGGAAGGAAACCUACCAAACUUGACGGGACAUUGAAGAAGUUGAAAAGAAAAAAUGCUAGCUUGGCUGUUUUUCUUACACCCGAAUAGUGUCUAUCCUCAAAACUACUGUAGCAGUAGUUUUUAUUAGUUGAUUUUUGAAAUUACAACGCUAUUGCUUGGCGCAGCAAUUAUCGAUCAUAACAGGCGACUCCAAUUUGUUAUUGAGGAAAUGAUGUUUUAUGAAAACACCAAACUGUUUUUCUUCUUUUGAUAAUAAAAGAUACUGUUUUUCUUAUCAGUACUGCAAGGAUACUAUCUGUUUGAUAUAGCCGAAGGACUUAAACCUUUUUUUAAAACAGAUGAAGAAAGUUCCUGUUCAUCAAGACUCAAAGAUCAUUUCAAGGAAGUUUCAGAGGAGAUAUUUUUUAAGAAGUACAUGUAAAAGCAGUACAGAAAAGGACUGUUAAGAAAAGAAAAAAAAAACGAGGACAGAAAAGGACUAGUAAGGACGGAAAAGGGCUAAAUAGUAUAUAAAGGGACUAGUAUGGUCAGAAAAGGACUAGGAAAACCGAAAAAGGACUAGUUAAGACAGAAAAGGACAAGUUGAGGACAUUAAAAGACUAAUUAGGACGGUAAAGGACAAGUAAGGACAUAAAAGGACGGGUAAGGACAUAAAGGACUAGUAAGGACAUAAAAGGAGUCUAGUAAAGACAUAAAAGGACUAGUAAGGAUAUAAAAGGACUAGUAGGGGCGGAAAGGACUGGUUAGGACAUAAAAGGACUAGUAAAGGACUAGUAGGGACAGAAAAGAACUAUUGAGGACGGAAAAGGAUUGGUUAGGACAUUAAAGGACCGGUUUGGACUCUAAAGGACCAUUAAGGACAGAAAAGGACUAGUUAGGACAUAAAAGGACUAGGAAGGACAUAAAAGGACAAGUAAGGACAUAAAAGGACUAGGAAGGACAGAAAAGGACAGGUAAGGACAGAAAAGGACAAGUCAGGGACAGAAAAGGACUAGAAAGGACGGAAAAGGACAAGUAAGGACCUAAAAGGACGGAAAAGGACUAGUAAGGACAUAAAAGGAGAAGUAAGGACAUAAAAGGACUAGGAAGGACACAAAAGGACGGAAAAGGACAGAAAAGGACUAGUAAGGACAGAAAAGGACUAAUAAGGACAUAAAAGGACAAGUAAGGACAUAAACUGACGGAAAAGGACUAUUAAGGACAGAAAAGGACAAGUAAGGACGGAAAAGGACUAGUAACCACGGGAAAGGAUUAGUAAGGACGGAAAAAAACUAAUAAGGACAUAAAAGGACAAGUAAGGAUAUAAAAGGACAAGUAAGGACGGAAAAGGACUAGUAAGGACGGAAAAGGACUGAAAAGGACUAAUAAGGGCAUAAAAGGACUAGUAAGGGCAUCAAAGGACAGAAAAGGACUAGUAAGGACGGAAAGGGACGUGUAAGGGCAUCAAAGGACGGAAAAGGACAAGUAAGGACAUCAAAGGACGAAAAAGGACUAAUAAGGGCAUAAAAGGACUAGUGAGGGUAUCAAAGGACGUAAAAGGACUAGUAAGGACGGAAAGGGACUAGUAAUAAGGACAUCAAAGGACGGAAAAGCACUAAUAAGGACAUAAAAGGACUAAUAAGGGCAUCAAAGGACAGCAAAGGACUAGUAAGGACGGAAAGGGACUUGUAAGGGCAUCAAAGGACGGAAAAGGACUAGUAAGGACACUAGAGGACUAGUAAGGACAGAAAAGGACUAAUAAGGAUAUAAAUGAACUAGGAAGGACAUAAAAAAAUGGAAAAGGACUAGUUAGGACAUUAAGGACUAAUAGGGACAUAAAAGGACUAGUAACGACAGUCAGACAAGGACUGGUAAGGACGGAAAAGAAUUAGUGAGGAUAUUAAAGGAAUAGUAAGGACGGAAAAGGACUAAUAACGACACAAAAGGACUAGUAAGUACGGAAAAGGACUGGUUAGGAUGCUAAAGUACUAAUAAGUACAGAAAAGAAAUAGUUUUGAGAAGUGCGUAUUACUUAUAAAACGUUGUACACAGUGUUCAUUUAAUUUAUGUUGCACGAAUAUAUGGUGUGCUAACAUGUAGUUCAUGCCUCCCAAUUUUUCUAGGAAGAUCGAAGGAGACUCUGCUCGCAGGGUACGCGUUCACUAAAACUUGAUCACUUUAAAAUUGAUCACGGGUUCUCGCUUUUUUUCCUCUCCCCAGUCUCCUCAACCUUUUUUUUGUUGUUGUUGUUGUUUCUUUUUUUCCCUUUGUACAACCUUCAAGAGGUGCGUGUUUGGAAGAAAAUUCAAAAACGGAUUUGUGAUCUCAGAUCAUAUGGAUUUUUCACCACCAAAACUGAAACGGAAGAUCAAAGAAAGGAUCAUUUACCUUGGACAACGGCAUGUCCUCUUGCCCCUCGUGAUGAGAAAAAUAGAGGAAAAAACAACAAACAGCACUGAUCCUAGCUAGCGUACGUAUACGAAUUGUAUUGUUUCUAUUUGAAAGACAAUCGUUUGUCGAAUAGAAUACACCUUAGGAUCGAUAGUAAAAUUAUAAGCCAGAAUUUAAAACCGAAGCUUAUGAAUUGUUUAUUUUUGAAAUUACUUGGAAAGUAAACCGGCUUAAGCAGACACUGCAUACGUACAAAAAACAAGAAAAGUAAUGGUUUAAAAACAGUCUACGAAUGUAAAUAGAUGACAUACAUGGAAUGAUAUAUAGUCAGAGUCCCUUCAUUUUUCUAAAGAAAAGAAAUUUUAAAAGUGGAAUGAGCAAGCCGAAAUCGACCUAAAGCCGAUAACACUGAAAUCUAUCGUCAAAACUACUACAUUAUUUCGGAUUCGAUACGCACCGAAAAUCCCGUUUAUUCACAGAUAUUGUUAUUAAUAGCGACAAUUAACCCUAACAGUAAAAUAAAAGUUAACUAUUUCCAGUCUGUGCAUAACCCUUAGACGAAAUUCUUUUCUAUUAUCACUAAUGGUGCGGCUUCUUCUAUUUUCCUAUAAACAGGUUUGAGGACAAUUAAAGAAGUAUUUAUUUAUUGAUUGAUUGAUUUAUUCGGUUUUAUUUGUUUAUUUUAAUAAACCAACAAGAAGGGCCUGAAACGGUAGCCUGCGAACUCCUCGCUCCUCGCCGCUUGGGACGUUUCGAGAGGAAAAACGUCGUUUCUCCUUGUGAAACGUCCCCCAGCGGCGAUGAGCGAGGAGAAACGACUGUUUUCGCAGGGUACUAACACAGAAGUAUUAUUAUGAAAUCACCUGGUUGUUUUUCCGUAUAGUUAUUUCAUUUUUUUUAUUAACUUACAUUCUCCUACUCAUUCUUUCGAUCAGAACACAUUCAUUGGGACAACCCAGAUGCACCGUAAACGGGUCUCAAAUAAGAACCGUUUACACUGAAUGGUUCCCAGUGUACCGGCCAUCACUGCAUUUUGCCUUACCAGUGGCAAUAUCUCGAUUGCAAUGACCAUGAAUGGAAGAAUUUGAAUGAGGAAGACAACGAGGGGCUUGAAAAAAUGUAUUGUGACGUGACUCUUGAGAAAUGUUUAAAUAAGGGCAUUUACAAAUCAUUUGAAAGGCAUGUUAAAAUCUGCUCUUGUAUUUAAUACACUAUAAUAUUUAACUUAUUAUCACUAAUAUAACUAUAUUGGGAAGUUUAUGAACAUAUUUCACUCUAAAUCAAUUUUCCAUGAGAAAGGGCGCAUAACUUAAAGUAUGCCCGUUGGCCAAAGAUGGUAAAAACGUUAGCGUGUAGGAAUUACCGCAGAGCGGCUUAAUCAGUAUCAUAUAUAGUUCCGGGCAGGUACUUGCCACUCGAGUGCACUGGCCAGGUGCAUAGCAUUGCUUAAUGUAAGUCAGUUUUAGCACGUAAAACUAUGCUACAUUAGUGAUUGUCAUCUGAACAAAAAUAAAAAUAACAUUUUUAAGUUCACAAGGCAUUUUUCCGCAUGCCGUAUGUCAGUAGUUAAAAUUUGAAUUUCUUAUAUUAAGGAAGGUAAUUGAAAGCUUCAAAUUACAACGAAAAUAUGAAGAUAACAAAGGUGGACGGUAAACAUAAGACACAUGAUGACAAAGAUGGCUGAUAUGAAGGGUUAAAAACGCACAUGCUUUAAGGCUAGUUUACUGAAGCUAACUUUUGGUUAACUAUGAAGAAAUCCAAGCUAGAGUGCAAGCUCAAGAUGUCGGACGUACAAGGAGGGAGAAGCCACCACCCCUAAGGUUUUUCUGAGAUUUUUCCUACAGGAUAAAACAUCAGUGCCUGACGUGUUCGUUUAUCCCUUGCGCGCAUUUUGAGACAAGUUCAGUGAUGGUCAUUUUCUAUGGUUACGAGAUAUGACGUCAUAAGUAGCAGGUGGUCAAGCCAUUUUUGAGUGAAAAUGCUUGUUUUUUAACUUCUUUCAACAAUAAAAGUAAACCUUAGGGCUUAAAUCAAGCAAAGUGCUUAUUUAAGUGUUAUUUUUCAUUUCAAGCACAAAAAAUUACCAUUUCUCGCGGUUUUAGCCUGACUUCUAUUCUUGGUAAAAUCGAAGAUGGCAGCCAAGAUGGUGACCAUUGUUGGUGAGGUCACAGGCCUCCAGCAGUGCCACCACCCAUAAAAUAUACCUCAUCUUGUUAAGAAGAUCAAAGGCUUUUCAAUGAAGGCAAAAUCGUUUCGAAAUACCGCAACAUAUCGAUUACUCUGGAGAGGGGUUCCAUCCACCCCCCCCCCCUCCACCCCUUAUCGAAAUUAAAAGUUGACAAAAUUAUCAUUUUUGUUUAUAUUUUAGCGAUGAACUACGACGCCUAUCGACGGAGUCUUGCGUCAACUCAAGCAAACCACUGGCUACCAAGUGGAUAUGGUACUGGCAACACGAAAGUGGAUUCUGGAGGAUGUACGACAAAGACGACACGGUGAUUAGAAGGGGGGGUAUAUUUUCUUUGGGUUUUGGAUAA